CAGUCGGUAUCAAACACCGUGGAAGACGGCCGAUACGAGUAUUGAUAUCCGUGAAUACACUACGACACCGUCACAACGAUAAUAACAGUAAUCAAUAACGCGGUGCUCGCCGCUAAUAAUAAUUAUUGUAAUAAUAUUAUUGUGUAACCGUUGUCGAAUAGUCGUUCGCAGAUUGGAUUUUUACCAUACGACGUUCGCACGCACCUUAAAACCGGCCACCGGACAAAAAUCAGAGUGAUAAUAAUAAUUGUCAAUUAUCUCUAAUUACGUACCCGUCGGUCCGCUGAAAACACGAACGUCUCGAGAGGGCGUAACCGGCAGCGCCAUCUCCCGGACAAAACCGUCGGCCCCUACAGCCGAGCGCGGCACAGAUAGCGGUCCGCGAUAGACAUUUCGCCCGACGCGCGACGUCGGCGAUUUCCGACUCCGCGAAAACCACUACCAAGCCAAGAGACGCUAUCAUGGGCCUGUUGUUCCGCCGCUUGUUGCCGUCCACUGUUGUCGUUUCGUCGUCGUUGAUCUUUCAGAGCAAAAAUCUUAGUAGCACAACGAACAAAAUGGCUGAAGAUUGGAAGAAUGCCAAAUCUGUGUAUGAUUUCACAGUAAAAGAUAUCAAGGGAGAAGAUGUUUCGUUGGAAAAAUACAAAGGUUGUGUGUUGAUCAUUGUAAACGUAGCAUCCAAAUGUGGUUAUACAUCUAAGCAUUACAAAGAGUUAAUCGAGCUAGAUGAGAAGUAUCGUGACAGAGGGUUAAAAAUUCUCGGUUUUCCGUGUAAUCAAUUUGGAGGCCAGGAACCUGGUGAUGCUGAUAGUAUUUGUAGCUUUACUGCAAAACAAAAUGUUAAAUUUGACAUAUUUGAAAAAGUUGAUGUCAAUGGCAAUGACGCACAUCCAUUAUGGAAAUAUUUGAAAUCAAAACAAGGCGGUUUAUUGAUUGAUUCUAUUAAAUGGAAUUUUACCAAAUUCAUUGUUGACAAGAAUGGACAACCCGUUGAGAGGCAUGCUGCUAAUGUUAGCCCUUUGGGUUUGGAGAAGAAUUUGGAAAAAUAUUUGUAAAAGCUUUUAUGAUCAAAAUAAUAAUUAUAAUCUUUCAUAUCUCAAUUUAUUCUAUUUAAAUGAUUCAAUUUGUUUUUCACUACAUUAAUAAGGCUGCAAGAUAUUAUACCUAUUGGCUAUUAAGAAUUGUUUUAUUUAUUUAUUUUUUAUAUUUAGAAAACUUUAUUUGCGUAAUCAUAAUUUUGAUCUUCAAUGUAUAAGGCAAUAAAAUUGUGUAUAUGCAUGCUUUUUGUUGUUUGUUAAAAUAUGGAUCAAAUCAA